AUGUCGAGCGACGACAAUAAGGGGCAGUCCGUUCAUUUUGCUCCCUCGGAGGUCACCCCGCUUCUGCGACAAUCUUCAGCUUGCCACCAUACAAGUUACGAUGAUGUCUCGCAGUGCGCCACCGAUGUUGAAACGGCCUGCUCACGUGGUAGUGAUGAACAAGAACCUUUAAUUCGCUGGCCAUCGGGGACAAGCUCUGCACCUGAAGGGCUUGAAGUUGGACCACCCUUGGAAAUUUAUACGUCUAAGCCAGACGGCAAAGAUCCGAGCCUCUCAACUCAAGAUGAGGGAGCUCAUGACUCAAGAUACAUUGAUAUAUCACCGGCGCGGUUUUGGAUCAUCUUUGCCGGUAUCAUGAUGGGCUACUUGAUCGGCUUCUUCGAUUCAACCCUCAUGGCCUCCAGUCAUCCAGUGAUCACUUCCUACUUCAAAUCAGCGAACUCAGCCUCCUGGCUAUCGACAGCCUUCUUGUUGACUUCAACCGCAUUUAUGCCACUGUUUGGACGGAUCUCGGACGCAUUUGGCCGGAAACCUGUCUAUCUCUUCUCUAUCGCUAUGUUCUUCGUCACGACAGCUGGUUGUGGCUUGGCGCAGGAUAUCGGCAGUUUUAUUGCUGCCCGAGCUCUUUGCGGGCUUGGUGCUGGAGGUAUCUUUUCAAUCGGUCAGAUCAUCUCUAGUGAUUUGGUUCAUCUGGAGUAUCGCGGUGUCUACCAGUCCUACCUUAACCUAUGUCUCGGGAUUGGCAGCAGUCUCGGACUUGCCUUUGGUGGGUAUCUAUGUGAUCAUAUCGGCUGGCGUGGUGCCUUUCUCAUCCAACUGCCUUUCAUCUUUGUUUACUUGAUUGCAGCCGCCUGGACGGUUCCAUCCGAUCUCGGUGUGAAACAAGUUGGAACGGAGCGCAUGAAAGUGUCACAGCUAGUUCGAAGUAUUGAUAUCCUGGGGUCUGUCAUUUUGAUUCUUUGUGUGACUCUGUUGAUCAUGGGUCUGAACUUAGGAGGAAAUGUUUAUCCUUGGAGUCAUCCACUAAUCAUCACUUCCCUGGUAUCAUCACUUAUUUUAGCCGUGAUAUUGGUAUUCUACGAGCGACACGUCCCACGGCCCGUGCUGCCAAUUGAGCUUAUGUCAAAGAAUCCUCGUGCCAUCAUUAUCUUUGGCAACUUUUUCGCCUCGAUGUCUGUCCAUACUAUGAUGUUUAACGCUCCGUUGUAUUUCCAGGCCGUGAAGCUGACGAGCCCAACGGAUUCUGGUCUACGCCUCGUGGCUUCCUCUAUCGCUGUCACUAUCUCUAGUGUGAGCACCGGAUUCCUGAUUAAUUGGACUAGACGCCUCAAACCUUUUGUCAUCACCGGCUUAUGCUUCAUGAUAAUCGGAGGAUGUGCAGCUGCAUCAAUGGACAUUGACACCUCCCAACCACUCUCCAUGCUUUGCAUCUCAUUGUCCAGUUUUGGUCAAGGCUUCGCAUUCCCCAGCUUGAUGGUAUCGAUCCUUGCCACAAGUGAGCAAAAGGAUCAGGCUGUUGCAACCACAACCUUGGGCUUAUGGAGAAACCUGGGCUCCGUGAUGGGCGUUGCUGUCAGCAGCUGGAUCUUCCAAAAUACCCUCAUAUACCAACUCGACCAGAAUGUCACCGGUGACGAAAAGGACUAUAUCAUUGCCCUUGUCCGCAAGUCUGUCCAAACUAUCGCUGGACUAGAUCCACUCCAUCGGUUAGAAGUCACCACCUCAUAUUCUGCCGCUCUUCGCUUGACCUUCUUAUCUGCGGCUGUCUGGGCAGUCAUUGUCUUCACGUUGCUGUGUCGAGUCCGACUACCCCGGUUGGGAAGAAAGGCGUAA